CCCUGCGCAGGGACUGGCUCUCCCGCAGCCAUUUUCUGUCCAACCAAACGGCCGAACUGAGGCGAGAACCAACCAGGGCUUCAUCGCAGAUGGACGGGGACAGUUCAACUACAGAUGCCUCGCAGCUUGGCAUAGCAGGAGAAUAUAUGGCUGGUAGUCACUUUGUACUCCAAGCUCAGGAUGAUGAAGGUGAUGAGGGACUCAUUGACCAUGAUGAUGGCGAUGGAAGCAAAGACAACUUAAGGGAACAAGACAUCUAUCUCCCCAUAGCCAACGUGGCCCGAAUCAUGAAGAACGCAAUCCCCCAAACUGGAAAAAUAGCCAAGGAUGCAAAGGAGUGUGUGCAGGAAUGUAUAAGUGAGUUUAUCAGCUUCAUCACUUCAGAAGCCAGCGAGAGGUGCCACCAGGAGAAACGCAAGACAAUAAACGGAGAAGACAUCCUGUUUGCAAUGUCGACGUUGGGUUUCGACAUGUAUGUGGAGCCUCUUAAGCUCUACCUGCAGAAGUUCAGAGAGGCUAUGAAAGGAGAAAAAGGCAUAAGCACUGUAACAGUAACUGAAGGCAUGGGAGAGGAACUUACCGAUGACUCUUUCACAAAUCCAUUACCUGCAGGGAUUAUAACAGCUGAUGGACAGCAACAAAAUGUGAUGGUGUACACCACCGCAUAUCAACAGAUCCCAGGUGUGCAACAACUACAGUUCUCCUGAAGUUGUGCUGCAUUGUCACAUCCAGAAAUCAACACCUAAUCUUCACAAAUCAAUCCUCCACACUUCCACACACAAGUGAAGGUUAUGAAUUAGUUGGGUCUGUUGUGGGGGAUCUUCUGUGGACCCAUUUGUUGUGCUCUCGGAGGUCAAAGAGCUGGACUUCUGAGUUUCACUUUGUUUUUGUGUGUGUCUGCACACACAUUUUGAUUUUUAAAUGAAUUUGUCUGUCGGGUGUUACUUUUGUUUUUUUCAUCACAUAUUUGUAGUUUUUAUCUAUUUAAAAGGGUUGGGGAUAAAAAAGGGUGUUAAGCGCCUCUAUUAAAGCAAUAAAAAUAGAACAAAUGUGAACCUUUCAGUGACUGCAUGACUAAUUUUAGUUUGAUCAAUUGUUAACUAUAUGAUUAAAUGUAAAUAAUUUUUUGAAUAUUCAGAGCUCAUCUUAUACUUAAUAUGUUGUUUUUGGUUGUCACCAUAUUGUCAUUUGUAUGUCAAAUAAUGAGGUCCACUUGAGGUACAUCGCCAAUUUUGUGCACUCUUUGUGUAAGUAAUUUCAAAAUACAAAAGCCAUUUCUUUAUUUUAAAAUAAAAGCUAUUGUAUUUGCUUUACCUUACAGAGUUUAUUUAUUAUUUGCUUUGUAAUGGGGCCUGCAGAGGUAUGUUGAAGCCCAGGACGGCCUUAUAUAUCACCUGUAGGACGGGCCGGAAUUUAAGCAGCAGCGGGCCGGCCCAAAUUACCCAGUGGCCCAACAGGAAAACGCCCUGUGCUCCCAACGGCCAGUCUGCCCCUUGGA